AUGAAAAAAACUAAAUCCAAAUUAUCUCGAGUUAAAAAAAGUAAAAACAAAAAAUCUAAAGCUAUAUAGAAACCUAAAAAAUCUCCUGCUAAAAAGCCAUAGACUUAGCCUAUUUCUCAAAAAUAAUCUACAGUAAAGCCAAAAUAAAAUGCUAAAAAUGGAAAAAAAUCAGCAAAAUCAAAGCCUCCUCCAUUGACUUAAAAAACUACUAAGUCCAAAAAUUAAAUUGUAAUUGAAAAAUCUAAACUCAUUUAGUCAAAUAGAAAUUCACAAUAAUCAAUAAAGCCAAUAGUAGGCAAAAAGAAAUCUUAAACUUGUAAGAAAGUAGAGAUUACUGAAAAGAUAAAAACUAAAUCUCGCAGUAAAUCUCCAAUUAAAUAGAAAUAAUCAACUUCAGGAAGAGUUUAAAGAGAAUCGAACAAUAAAUAAAAGAAUUAUUCAACUAGGGCUUAAAUUAUAAUUGACAUUUAGAAAUGUCAUCUCCUAACUGAAAAAUAGCUUUUAGAUCUCUAAAAUGUUUAAAUAAAACAAGAAAUCUCUCCAGAAGAUAAUCUCUAGAACCAACUUAAAAAAAUUAAAUCUACAAUAGUAAACCUAAAGAGAGCCAAGAAAACCUUAAGAUUAUAACCUAAAUCGAGCUCAAGUCUGAAUAGUCAAGUUAAAAACAAACUUAAAAGCAAGUUGAAAGGAAUGAGAGGAGGGGCAUUGGUUUUCAAUGGGGAUAGCACUUCUUAGUCUCAGUAGGUCACCUCCGAAUCUGAUGAUAAUUAUGAACUCUACUGUGAUAUUUGCAAUAAUGGAAAAGUCUAUGCUAAUUGUGCAGCUCUUAAAAAGCAUAAGUACAAUCAUGAGGAUCGAUCAACAUAUCCAUGCGAUUAUCCUGGAUGCAAUGCUAUUUUCCAAGAUCGAAAUAAAUUAAGACGCCAUUCUAUUGUCCAUACUGGUGAAAAACCUUACAAGUGUGACUUUUGUGGCAAGAGAUUUGGUUUGGAGUAUAAUAUGUUCAUUCAUUAAAGAAUUCACUCUGGAGAGAAGCCAUUCACUUGCAAGCAUCCUGGAUGCUUUAGAGGUUUUAAUUAAAGAAGCAAUUUGUUAGCUCAUGAAAAGAUUCAUACAGCCCAGUAAGGAGAUUUAUCUUAGUAGGCAACAUCUGAUUAGAAAUUUGGUUCAAUGACAUUAAGAUCAAAUAGAAAUAUUAAUACUAACAUAAAUGUCUCAUUAACUUAAAGAGACAAUAAUCCAUAUGGCCUAGUUAAAGUUGAUCCUAGGAGACUAAUUUUUAAGAUCAUUAAGGUUUACCCUUAGUAAUAAUUGGUAAGGCCCAUAGAUCAAGAAGAGGAAAUCAUCAUGGAUUCCUUCUCAGAUGACUAGCUGAAUAAUCUUCAAAUUAAAAAUGAAGAAGUGAAGUAGAUAUCCCAAAGAGAGUACUUUUUGUAGAUGAUUAAGACAUUUAAGGCCAUUAAUGAGGAGAAGAAGUACUCUGAAGAUGAGAAAUUUAUAGAGAGAUGCGAAAAUAAUCAUUCACUUUAUAAAUAAUAGAAAGAUAUCUACUUUACAAGCUAGAGCUAUGAUGGUCUACUUCAAAUGCUGCAAUACAAGUAUGAGCAGAAGACGCUAAAAUAUACAAGGCUUUCAGAAAAUCUAUUUAACUAGAAUUAAUUAGCAAAUAUAAAAUCUGAAUGA